AUGUCGCUAUCAUUCUGGACUAUCAACCACGGAAUCAGCGAUGAGUCAGUUGUUAGUUUAUUGUUCUUGCAGAAUCGACAUCAGUUUGUGACAAAUGUGAUACGAUAUAAGCUUGCUUAUAAGAUAAUAUAUUAUUUCCACAGGCACCGAGCUGCAGUGAAAGUAAUUACCGCGAAUUUUCAUCAAGAUACCACCACAGCGGAUAAUGUCGUCGCCACUAGGCCGUUAGAGGAGAUUCCAGGACCAUCGUCCUUGCCGCUUAUAGGACCUUUGCUACAUUUCUUACCCGGAGGUUCCAUUGGGACAAGAGUGGGCAUUGAACUGUCGGAAGUUCUUUAUAAAACGUAUGGCCCCAUAGUGCGCAUUGACGGGAUGUUGGGGAAACCAACGUUCAUAUUUUUGUAUGAUGCUGAUGCGUGCGCUCAGGUCCUUCGCGGUGAAUCAACGUAUCCAGUUCGCCCUGGGUUCCAGUCCUUGGAGUAUUAUAGGAAAGAAUACGUGAAACCAAAACAAGAACUUACAGGUUUAAUAACUGACCACGGAGAGCCAUGGAAGGCGAUGCGGUCGGCCGUGAACCCCGUCAUGCUGAAGCCCAAGACCGUCCAGCUGUAUGCGCACGUGCUGGACGAGGUGGCCCAGGAUAUGAUUGCCAGAAUGAAAUCACUACGGGAUGAAAAUAACAAAAUACCCGGAGAUUUCGACGUAGAACUCAAUAAAUGGGCACUCGAGUCCAUUGGCACUGUGGCUCUGGGCGGCCGCAUAGGAUGUCUGGACCCAAACCUUCCGGCAGAUUCCCCCGCCAGGGAACUUAUACAGAACAUUCACGAGAUAUUCCAACUGGUCCAGGACUUAGACUUCAAACCAAGUCUUUGGAGAUAUUAUUCGACAAAGAAUUUCAAGAAAGCUAUGUAUUUGUUUGAUCGACAAAUGGAAUUAAGCAAAAUCUAUAUAAAGCGAGCUGUCAAGGACAUUGAGAAAGCGAGAGGAACUGUCUCUGCUAAUGAAAAGGGCAUACUCGAAAAGCUCCUUGAAGUUGAUGAGAACAUGGCGGUUAUCAUGGCGUCUGAUAUGUUGUUUGCAGGCGUCGAUACGGCUGCCAACACGGUGCUAGCAACAAUGUAUCUGCUCGCCGUGAACCCCGACAAGCAGCAGAAUCUUCGAGAAGAAGUCCUAAAACAGGUCGACAAGCAGCGCUACCUGAAGGCCUGCAUCAAGGAGUCCAUGCGCAUGCUCCCAGUCGUGUCGGGCAACCUGCGGCGGACCACUAGGGAGUACAAUUUGAUGGGGUACCACAUUCCUAAUAAUACGAACAUAAUCUUCAACCACCAGUACCUCUCCCUGAUGGAGGAUCAGUUCCCUCGACCGGCGGAGUUCAUCCCGGAGCGCUGGCUGACCACCCCGGACGACCCACUGCACCACGGCCGCGCCAGCCCCUUCGCCAACAUGCCAUUCGGCUUCGGAGCCCGACAGUGCAUAGGGAAGAGAAUAGCUGCGUUGGAAAUGGAAACGUUUGUCUCGAGAUUGGUGGAAAAUUUCGAAAUUGGAUGGGAAGGCGGUGAUUUGAAUGUGGUGUCGAAUUCGUUGAAUUAUGUUAAGGGGCCUUUCGAUUACACUUUCAAGGAUAUUUAAGUAUUUAAUGGUUUAUA